GCUUAGCGGCGGGUAAAGGAAAAUGUAAACGGCCAUGUCGUGUUAGAUCCGAGUUCAGGAAAGAGCGAGUCCGAGUCACGGCGCAGUUUUCUUUCAUGAAGCGUUAGAAACAACAGCUCCGUAAUUCAUCUCUCUGUACUCUCAAUUGAAAGGAACAGCCUUUAUUUUUGUAGUUCGGUGCGUUUAAAAAAAACAAGAAAAACAUGAGCGGAGGAGGGACGCCGUACAUUGGUAGCAAAAUUAGCCUGAUUUCAAAGGCCGAGAUUCGCUAUGAAGGAAUUUUAUACACCAUUGACACCGAAAACUCGACCGUAGCUCUCGCUAAAGGUAAGUUAAGUAACCCGGAGGUUUAUUACGGAAGUCGCAUAUAGUUAAAACAUAGUUAAGAAGAGGUUUUGGUGAAGGGGAAUGUGAAAUAAAGUGCACGCUAGUCAGCCAUGCUAGCUGGUUGUGUAGCAAACUACUCGCUCAGGGGUGCAGGAGUUACUCUUUGAGUCCUUUGUUUACCUUGUGUUUGGACUUGUGUUCAAUAAAUUACUACUAUCAUCGGGUACUUAAUGGCACACCUCUAAAAGGGAAGUCAAGCUCAUGUUAUCACCUAAUAUAACUUGUUGAAGUGAUAGCAAAGCACGUCGGCCGAUGUACUUUUAAGUCCUCUUUUGAGGGUUUGUGAACUCUGAUAGAAGACUCACUUGAAAGCUACUCUCAAAACCCCGAUACACCGUGUCCUUCACAUUUGUCACUUUUUAAAAGAGUACGGUUUUUCUAAAGUAACUUUGUGGGGAUUGUUGCGGCCGUUGAAGAAUUAAUUACACAUUAAUCCUAAAGCGAGGGUUAAGAUUACACAGCAAAUCAACGUUAAGAAGUUUUAGUUUGACCAGUUUUUAGGCAUUUGGUCUUCUGUCCCUUUUUAAUUAGAUUAUUUUACGUUUUGUUAAACUAAGACAAAUCACUAUAAAUUUUAUGCAUGCCUGCAUCAUUUCAAGAUUUUGUUGAGACUUCUCAUCUGAAGAAAAUUAACUUUAAAAGUCCCUCAGAUUAGUCGAAAUUUGGCUGUCCAGAAUUGGUCAUUUUCGUGAACCCCAGGGAUAUCCACCCAUGUACUCCCUUCAGUGUACAGUUUUGUCUUAAAUGUUGAUAACCUGAAAUCGCAGUAACAUUUGAGAGACUGCUCAGGGUUAAAGACAUCCACCCUUUCCAAUAGGAAGAUUAGAAGUUCCUAACUGGUUGGGAAAUGAGCUCAAACUUAUACUGAUGUCUCUUUAUGACUCUUGAAAGCAGAUGAGACCAUCAGAAACCAAGGUGAAACUUUCUCAAGUGUAAUUUUGAUACAUGAAACCACCAUGAGGGAGUUGGUGUCCGACCAGAUGUUUGCCAGCAAGCUCAAGAAACGGCCCCUUUUUACUUUUCCCAUUUCAAAUAAUCACACCGAGUGAUACAUUUCACUUCUUAAAGACAACCUGCUGAGGUUUUUGUCUGCAAACUCCACUUUAAGGUGUAAAGUACAAGAGACAAGAGGGAUCACCCUGUCAAUUUUGUGUCAGUUUUGAGACUUGAGCCCGAAGUUCCCCAUAGCAGCUUUAAAGAAAUCUGAGAUAUUUUGUUUUUCUCAACAGUUCGCUCUUUUGGCACUGAGGACCGACCCACUGACAGGCCAAUUCCGCCUCGGGAUGAGGUCUUUGAGUACAUCAUAUUCAGAGGAAGUGAUAUCAAAGACCUUACUGUUUGUGAGCCACCUAAAGCCACUAGCUCCCUGCCUCAGGACCCUGCCAUUGUCCAGGUAAGAUGAUAUCUUUGCUUUCCUGUUCUGAAAGUCUGAGUAGGAAAACAAGUUAUUUCUGCAUUCAUUGUAUUUUUAUUUAUUUUUUGUGAAUAACACAAACAUUUUUAAAAUUAUUUUUAUUUUAUUUUAACUCCAAUUUGUUAUCAUCAUUACUUGCUUAGGCCCCAAAACACUUCUCAGUGUCCCCAGUUAAACCUGUUGCUUCAGUGAAGGCACAGGUGUACCUAAUGACACUAAUUACAGCUCGUUAAGUUUUCAGGUAAGUCAUUGGCUGUGUCUGAAAUGGAUCCCUAUCCCCUAUAUAGGUGACUAUAUCGGAGGUUAGCGCCAUUUUGAAGGGUGUCCGAAACCUCAGUGAUCGAUUCCAGUGCCCUAUAGAGGCGACUCAAAAUUUCCCAUAAAGCAUUGCAAAAUGUAGGGACCAUCCGAUGGUCACUCACUGGUGGUGGGCAUCCCGUCAUGAAUUGCGUCUUGCCAUGUAGUGUCCGAAACCUCCAGUGAUUGAGUUCACAACAUAGUCAGCUAUAUAGUGAAAUCCCAUAUAGGGAUUGGGGAUUUAGUGGUUCAUUUCGGACACAGCCAUUGACUUAGACUUUAGACUUUUAUUGUCUUUCAAUAUUUGGCAGAACAAAAUUUUGUAAGACUUGACUGCAACAUUUCAGCUCAUGAACUGAAAAAAAAAAGGACACAGUCUUUACAAAUAUUCAUGAACACCCAACCCCCUUCAUAGUUCAAAACUUUAGCCCGACCAGUUUUCACGGUGCUAAUCCUAAACUGAACUAAAUGUCACAGAGGCUUUCUGAACGCAACAGCUUUUACAGAACAUUGGUGAAUACAGAAGAAAUAGUGAAGAGUGAGUUUACACAAUGUUUGUCACUCUGAGAAUGAGGUCUUUUUUUGUUUUCAUGUUUUUUAAAUUGCAUCAGUUUCUUGUGGAGGUAGAUGUCUUCCCUGGCCUGCAUUACACAAACUCAAAAAGAGAUGUUUGUUAUCCUACGCCUUCUUUUUUAAGUGUUGUUUGUGAUGUUGAUGUGUAGUUUUUCACUCACAUAUUGUGUUCUUUUGUCCUAGUCAUCAAUUGGAUCCACCAAUGCAGCACCACCACCAUCUUUCCCGUCGACUGGGUCCUAUGCCCCUCCAUACAGCAGGGCCCCGGUCCAACCAUACAGCCAGUUUGGAGUGACACCACACACAGCUCAGCCGUUUGGAUCUGCUGGAGCUGGAGGUAAGAAGUUGUGGUUUUUUUUCCCUUUAUAUUAAGAGUGUGUGUCCACAAGAUGUGCCAAAAAACAUGUACAGAUAAUUUACACACUCGUUCAAUUGAUUUGUUUACUACAAAAAAAAAAAAAACAAGCUGGUACAUUUUGAUUUUUAACUUUUUCAGAUGUUAAAAUGGGGAUUGUGUUUAUAUUUCUCAUUGGAUAUUGAAAAACUGUUAGCCUGAAACACUGCACUGACUGAUAUGAAAUGAGAUAUGAGAGCUAUUCAAAUGCCCAGUUGACCAAGGGUAACACAAAUUGACAUAUGUCACUUAGGUAGAUUUAAAUCUACAUUAACAUCACCCUACAAGUCAUACCAGAUCACUCAGCAUCCCAAACACUGAGCACUGCUAAGCUCCUAUCAGACAAAAACUGCAGUAAUCUCUAUUUAAGAAUCCCUUUAUUUUUUCUCUCGGCAGGGCGCUCCAGCCCCAAGCUGGACUCUAAAAGGAAAAGUCCCACCCUGGAGCAAGCAGUGCAGGCGGCUUCUUCAGCUGCAUCAGCACCACCUGCACCUGUAGGACAGAGGAGUCAGACUGCAGCUGCAGCCUCCAGACCCACCAGCAGCACCACAGGCAGCCAGAAGCCCCCAGACCUCCUGGAGCAGAGAAAGGGUAACGGUACCUACUGAGCCUGUAAUGUCUGUUUUUUUUUUAAGAUGAAGUGUUUGUGUAAAAUAUAUUUUAUUCAGGUGCUGUAUGUAUGAGUUUGUCUUUUUUAGCCACUCAUGCCCCUUUCAGACAUGCACAAAGUCACUGAACAUUCCCUUAAAUCUCCAGGAUGAGCUGUUUGAUUGAACAGACACAUCUGAGUUUUCACCAGGAAUAUUUCCUGCUAGCCCCUUGUAUCAUUUCAGGGUAAAUUCAGGGUGAGCCUACAUAACAACACAGCAGCAAAUCUUCUGAGUAAUUCACUGAGAGUAGCAGCAGGGGGGCCAGACAAGGUGUCUUAUGCAGCGUGUGUUCUGCCAUUUUUUGCAAAAAUUGAAGGUCCUGUGGAUUUAUUUUUGGACUUAAUUGUAAGACAUAACAUCAUGAGUACUGCAGCAUCUACUUGACAACAUGGUCAGUCUCCUAAACUCCCCCACGCCCUCCCUCCAUCAUGGGAGGCUUCAUGCUGUGACAGUGUGUGUAUGUGAGCAGUACAAUUAGGUUAGUUGCGAGGCAAGAACCUGGCAACUUUUCUCACUAUAUUUUCAGGAAUGCAUGUCUGAGAGGGGUUUCAGUUUUAUCUUUAAGUCCAACUAACAGUAGGUUGUGUCUUGCUUUUUAGCUCCUGAGGUUCAGAAGGUGUCGCAACCGGAUGGUGAACAUGGUGCUGUUGAAAACAGAGAUCCCAACAGGAACCAGCAUGGCGGUAAGUCAUCUCCCACCUUAAUGUCAUUGAAGCUAUGAUGCACUAUGAUACAGAAUUGAGAGUCAUGAACAGAGGUUGAAGUUAACCAUCAGCUCUUUAACCAGGCCCUGUAAUUAUGCUUUACCUGAUGAAUAAUCCCCGAUUUUGCUUGUUUGAUUGAUGCUUCAUUUUAGUCUCCUGUCAUUCCUCUUUUGUCAGCUGCGGCUCAGUCAAUGCGCAGAGGACGUGGACGAGGAAACCGCAGCAGAGGCAAAAUGAAUGUGCGCAGGGAUGGCCCCAUGAAGUUCGAAGAAGACUUUGACUUUGAGACUGCGAAUGCCCUGUUCCACAAAGAUGAGAUCGACAAAGAGCUUCAGAACAAGCUCAAGCUGAAAGGUAUGACUGACACGCUGAAGGCUUUAACAGCAACAAUGAAAUGGGACUCACUGCGUUGUAAUCCCUGCUCUAUUUGUAGUAUAUUACAUUCAGUCCUCAUUAGUCCUUCUCUGAUUGGCAGUUCACGGUGCGAUAGUCACGCCACUGUAACCUGGCCUUCAGUAUGAAUGUCACAGUGGAGGGAUGGUGUGACGGAGCUGUGUUAAAAGGCUGAGAUGGGAUUGUGUGUGUGUGUGUGUGUCCUGCAGUGUGUGAAGCUCUCCCUUUAUAUUACAAUGCUGUUGCCAACUUUUUUUUUCUACAUCACUAGACCUGCUUUUAAUGUAUGUUUAAAUAUUUCAAAUAUCCCUCUCGACAUGACCAAAGAUGACAAGACUGACAAGGCUGACAAGGCACUUAACGGGGAAGAGACUGCAGAGUCCGAGCAUCCUGCCACUGAGGGGACCACUGAGGAGGAGGAGGCUGUGAUCAACACAUGUUACUACGACAAGUCCAAGUCCUUCUUUGACAACCUGUCCUGUGAUGAUUUGAAGUACGCAAGUCCACUCUUAAAAUGCUGUCAUACUGUCAAACUGUGGAAACGAAUCUGUGGAGUAUUCAAUGUUCAGACACUCGAUACAAGAUUAACCACAAAGCAGGUAGUUAAAUGUAAAGGUGUGUCAGACUGAUGGAGUUAACACCUGUGGAUCCUCAGUGCUGCAAUAUUGACAUGCUCCAUCCAACGCUCACAAAUAGAAUCAAUCACGUUGCAUUUCUUUGGGUAUUAAGGUCCUUUCACUCCGGGACUGUUUUUGUCGUGUGAUUAUUUCGGACGUCAAUAUUUUUUUUGAACCCGUAUCCUGUCAAUACAAGCGUUUACAUCAGCGACGUUUUCCCGUUCUGCUAUAUCGCAACAUUUAUUUUCAGAUUGCAUGUUGUUGCAACGUCAGAUUCACCAGUAUAUCCAACAUGGCCGACCGGCUGAUUGUUAACGUGUCGGAGAACAGAGUGUUUUUUGAUAAAAGACACAAACAUUACAUAGAUAACGACCUGAAGGACAACUUGUGGAGAGUCAUAGCGUCGGAUCUCUCGUAUGACGAUAGUUUGUGUGCUUUAAAGGGGACCUGCCAUAAAAAUGUAAUUUUUGGGUUUUUUGUGUCAUAUAAGGUCCAUAUUAUGUUCGUUUAUGUUGUACAUGUGAAAAAAAAUCGUUCCGUCGUUUGCAUUCUGUAAAGGUUUAAAAUAAAGGAACGAGUAAACCAGGCCAAUUGAAAAAGCCCGUCGGUGUUACGUUGCGCCGACCUUGCUCAUUCUUAUUCAUGAGCGCGUCCCCGGUGAGCCGCGCCCACUCUCUCGUUCUCGUACUCAGUCACAGCCAGAGCGAGACCCAGCUACCGCUGUAUCCGCUAUGGGUCUCUUCCAAACGACCGCUGUUUCCUUGGGUUCACUGCCGGGAAAAUGAACUUAAAGCUGGGCAGAAUGAAUGAGAAAACACCGCUGGAGAUCUCCGGCUUCUUCCUCAACUUCCACCUCCUCUUCGGACUCGGGGUCUAAAAUAUAUGGUUUAAUACCUGCCGUUUUUAGCCUUUAGCAUAAGGUGACCAGACAUCCCCGAUUUCCGGGGACAGUCCCCGUAUUGGAUGAUCUGUCCCCGGCAAAAGCUGUCCCCGAAAAUGUCCCCGAUUUAAGCGUUUCAUUAAUGAGAGCAAAAAUGUUGCGUGUGGGCUCGAACAACGGUUAUUACAGUAGCCGAAUUUAGUUAGCAGUCCUGAACAACAGUUCUUACGGGGGUUAUUACAAGGGGCAUGCGCUGCUACUAAAAAGUACCGAGACUUUGUCUGUGAUCACACAGCCCCUGCAGCCCCUGCACCGCCGCCGCCGCACCGAAUAUCCCCGGAUAUCAUUACAGACAUCUGGGCACCUUACUUUAGCACACAUUAGCAUAUGCUAUUAGCAUUAGCAUAAUAACAGUGGAUAAACCGAAAUCCGAACCUCCACUGCUGAGCCAAUCAGAGCACAGCAGGCGUCACAGCAGCGAUCCAAUCAGAGCAAAGCUCAUUACCAUAAAUGUUAAUGAGCCAAAACCAGUUGGUUUUCCUGUAAGGUUUUUUAGGCAUACUAAAACAAACCAUCAAAUAACUUUUCAGCUAAAAUUAUGUUGCAAACAUGAUCAGAGGACAUCAAGGAUUAUGAAAAAAUGAUAAAAAUGGGUAUGAAAUUUUGGUGGCAGGUCCCCUUUAACAGUUUGCUAAACGUCUUUUGUUUCAACUUUCAUCUGUGCUAAUGUAAGCUAACAGUUGUUUCCGUAGUUUCAUUUGCUUAUCUUAUCGCCUCUGAUUAGCUAUAAGUGCUUACCGUUUGUCUUAAGCGUGUGAUGACGUUUCCAGCAUUUCUAGCCAAUCAGAGGCGAAGGAGGCGGGACUUUCCCUGGGAAAAGUCUUCCCCGGUAUGCGUCUUUUUCCCCCCAGAAAGUUGCAAAAUCACAUCAGGCUUGAAGGGUGUAGUCGUGCGUGUCAAAAUUUGCCUCCUAAUAUUUCGUGAUUUCACGUUCUAUGUUCGCGUCAGCCCUGGUGUGUAAGGAUCUUUUAAUGCUUCAAAACAUGUUUUAUCAAUACACUCAAGACCUUUUUUUGUUAUUUUUCACAGCAAAGGGGACAAUCGGGGAUUUUCAAGGUGAGUUCAUCUUUAUUCUCUUUUUUUCUGUGUGUAUAAUUCUGCCUAGUUUCAGUUGUUUUCAAUUUAUUCAGUUUAAAGGAAAAGGAGGAGGUCUGAAGGUUGGUAUCCUUGUUGGCCAUUGAACCAGAGGAGCUUGUUAUUGAAACAGGUUUUUCAUAAUGCUACAAACAAAUGGACAUUUCUAUUUCAUCAUGUUUUUCCUUUUUGAAAUCAACCUUUUUUGUUGGACUUGCGUUUUACGGUCGCAGGCUCCAUGUCCAGUUGUGCCUUUGGUGCUUCCUUUUUGUCCUUCUUUUUAAAAACGAGGUUUCUGUGUCAAACUUUCUGAUCUUGAUGGAUGUUCGUGUGUCACAGAGAGAGGAGGUCCACCUGGGCAGAAGAAAGACGCAUGAACUCCGAGACAUUCGGCAUCCCUCUGAGGCACAACCGAGGAAGAGGUGGUUUCCGCGGCCGUGGCUUCAUGGGGCCCAGAGGAGGCAGAGGGCGACCGUUGAGCAGGGGCUCCUUUGGGCCACCCCGGGGUCCUCCACCAGGCUUUAGAGGUGGAUUCAGAGGUGGUAGAGGAGGACGGGAUUUCUCUGAUUUUGAAUACAGGGUAAGUCUCUUGGCUCUGUUGCAGGUUCUUCCCUGCACCCCGUAGGAAAAGAGAAGUUAGGACAGUUAGAGAGUAUUGAGAAUACUUUUUUAUACCUCGUGCUUUUAAACAACACAAUAUCAAUGGAGGGUAUCGAAAAUUACUGACGAUUGAGGACAAUGAUUGUUUUUCUCUACUAGCUGUAUUCAAGGUUUGUAGUUUGUGACUUGAAAAUAAUGAUUUUUGUGGUUUAAGAAAAAAAUUCUUUUCUGAACAUGUGUUUUUGUUUCCUUUCAUUUCCCAGAAGGAGAACAAAGUGGCUGCAUAGUACAGCGGUGAUGGAUCCACAAAGAUGGGAGCCCCUCAUUUCGUAGUUCCAGUAAAAGAAGUUGUUUGGUCUCAGCAUUUAACAGGCAGGAUGAAGACGUCAUCUCAGUCACCAGCACCAGAGUCUGCUGCUUUUACCCUAAAGGGGCCGAGAGUGCAGCUCUCUCAGACUGACAGGCUUUUGUUUUUGUUUUAAUUUGCCCCACUGCUUUAUUAUGAUCCGCAUUCCUACAUCAGUCAAGUUCAUUUCAUCCUGAAGUUGUCUUUGAUAUUCUAAGCGGAGAGCAAAAAGCCCACUGAUACUGUGAGUGGAUCAUAGUCCGUCUGAUCUCAUAGCUUUAUUUCUCUGCUUUCAGUUUCCGAAAUCCUCUCGAUGCAUUGUUGUUCUCUACUCAGACUCCCGUAGUUUAUCAUUAUAUGUUCAUUAUUUCACUUAGUUUGCAGGUCAUGUUCUUGUUUUACAUUUAUGAUUUCACAGUGAAGUAGCGAAAGUACAGCCAGUUACAUCUAACAAUCCAAACUGAGUAUUGUUUUGAAUGAAUGUAUAUUUUCAACUCAGCGCCCCUAAUAAAUCGUUGCUCACAGGACAGAUUUCGUUUCGACCUGUUAGAGAUGUGCGUUCAGUAUUUAGACUCAUUAGGUCUUACUGUGAACCUCCAGCCUCCCACAUCAGUUGGAUUCUGUUACUGCUGAUCUUUCCCGGCUGAUCUUCUGAUUGAUGAUUUGGGUUUACAGCAUUAGCUUUAGAAGUAUUUGUUGACUAUAGAUUUUGUUGACCGCAUCUGUUUGAUUGAAAAGCAGUUAUUCAGUUAAUUCUGCUCAUGGAUAAGAAACAUUGAUUAGUAUUAAUGCCUUUAGAUUGUCUCAUGUAUCUUCUGGUGAGACCUGCAGUCAGGGUGACCUCGGAUCCAUUUUUUCUUUUUUCUUUUUUUCUUGCUAUUUUGACCAAAAAGGAACUCUAAAACAUUCAGUUGCGCAAAACUAACCCACAGCCCAAAAGUACAGAUUAACUUUCCGUUUGGUACUUUUUACUCUUCAUGUCCAGAACACACUGAGCCGUCUGUCGAAAGCCCUCUGUUAAAUCCAUCUUUAAAUUGUCUUACAGUUGAGUCAUCCACGUUGAUGUUGUUGUUUCCACUGCAGAUCUGAGCACUUGCAGUGUCGUAAUGAUUGUUCACUGAAAAUGGGAAUUGUUGUAAAUGGAUUGAAAUGUCUAACAAGAUAAAAUUCAGUACGAAAGGUGGAAAGUUGCGCUAAAUAUCAGCUGGCUGGCUUCUUUGUAGCCCCUUUUGUUGCGAUGUCGUCAAUGUGAUUGUUCUCUGGAGUGAACUCGUCAUUUUUUACUGAUAUGUGAGAAAAGGGACAAGAACUGGAUGUGGUGCCAGUAUGUCAGAGAGAGGGAUAGAGGGUGAAUAUUCCUUUUUUGUCUUUUUGGCUCUGAUUUGUUAGUACUUUAGGGGUGUCAGAGUACUUUUGCCUUCAGAAUGAUUUUUGAUACAGCUCUCCCUUUAACUUAAAGGUUUCAAAGUAUUGAUAGCACUACAAGAUGAAACUCGAUCUCUAUCUCAGUGGCUGAGGUUGUUUCCAACAAAGCAGCCCAGUAAAAAAAAUGUGUUGUUUAUUUGAAUAUUCACAGAUAUGCUGAUGACUGCAUGAUAGCCAGUAGAAACCAUCACUUUAUAUAGGCUUUCAGGAUAACCAGCGAUACUGAAUUUGAGACAAAAAAAAAAAAAAACAUAUUGCUGAAUUAUUGAAAACUGACUUGUUUUUCAUAUGUUUGUUACUCCUUCCAGUCGCUGGAAAUGUAAACCAGGAAUUGUUUUCUUGAGAAUAUCAACAAAAAUUGAGUUUUUACGUAAAAUAAAGAGUUGUACAAUA